GUGGUAAUCAACUUGGUUUCGUUUUAAAAUCAUACGUUGCAAAAUUGCUAAAACAUAUAACUCCUGUGGUGCUGCAUUCUAUAAAUUUUCUGCUUAAAGGAGUUUUGUUUUUAUUUUGUGUUAAGCCAUGUUAUUGUUUGAUUUGUUUCGAAAUUGGGACAUACUUAAUACUUGAAAUUUCAAAUUUAUGAACGAACUUUGCAAACAAUUAUUAAAAUUUUGAACAUUUAAAACAUCAUGUUUGGCUCUACACCAUUUGGAUCAUCGGCGUUUGGAUCAAAUACUAGUGCAUUUGGCAAUACAUCUGGAUCAACAUUUGGAAGCUCAGGUUUUGGAAGUGGUGGAAGUCUUUUUGGGGCAAAAACCACUGCAACAACUGGAUUUGGAACAGUAGCGCCAUCUCAAACGGGCUCUAGUAUUUUUGGGAAUAAUACCACUGGGUCAACUGGUCUUUUUGGUGCUGGUACGAAUCAGGCAAAAAGUGGAUUUGGUGGAUUUGGUACAAAUACCUCUACUGGAGGGUUAUUUGGUAACACUGGCUCAUCAGGUACUGGAUUGUUCUCAGGCAGUACAAAUGCUUUUGGAAGUGCCAAUAAGUCAAUCUUUGGAGGAUCAACAAAUAAUACAGGCUCACUGUUUGGAUCAUCUACUACUACCAACAGUGGGACUAGUUUGUUUGGUGCAAAACCUCAAGGAACAGGAAGUUUGUUUGGCUUAUCAAAUUCUAAUACAGGUGGAUUGUUUGGAAACACAGCAGCAGGCGGUCAAAAUGCUGCGGGAACUCCAACCAAAUUUAAUGCCCAGAAAAGUACUGACACAAUGGUGAAAAGUGGUGUUCAGACCAGUAUAAGCACACGACAUCAAUGCAUCACUUUAAUGAAAGAAUAUGACGAAAAAAGUCUUGAGGAGCUACGCAUGGAGGAUUAUCAACUUGGAAGAAAAGGUCCGCAAGCUUCAGGUACUACUGCUCCUGCAACAGGAAUGUUUGGAAAUUCCACAUUUGGUACAUCAAGUGGUACAACAACAUUUGGAUCAGGAGGAUUUGGAUCUAGUACUGGUACUGGUCUAUUUGGCCAGACACAACAAUCAAGUAACAUCUUUGGAGCCAAAACAACAGCAAGCUUAUUUGGAAAUUCUACAUCAACUUUUGGAGCUUCGUCUGCUUUUAGUAACACAUCUGGUGGCUCACUUUUUGGUAAUAAAACAGGGGGACUAUUUGGUUCAACAACUACAACUCAAUCAACUGGUGUAUUUGGAGCAACACCUGCAUUUGGUAGUGCUUCGUCGGGUGGUGGUUUAUUUGGAAACUCGACGUUUGGGCAGAACACUCAGGCUAGUGCAUUUGGUUCAUCUUCUCAAUCUGGUGGUUUGUUUGGUAAACCAGCUUUUGGUGCCACAAAUUCGUCAGGAACUGGAUUGUUUGGCGCAGCAAAUUUUGGGCAAACCACACAGUCGUCACUGUUCAGUGCUAAACCUACAGGAGGCGCAUUUGGUACGGCAAAUACUGGAGGUUUGUUUGGUGGUCCUAAUAAACCGACCUUUGGAACGACGUUUGGCACUGGUACUGCCGCUGCUAAUCCAUUUGGUGGGACAACUGGCACUGGAUUAUUUGGGAACUCUUCGCUGGGUUUUGGCAAUGCCGGCUCAUCUCUUGGUCAGCCAUCAAUGUUGGGGGGUGCCUUCGGACAAACAACUUUAGGUGCCGCUGGAACUGGAACACUUGGCUUUGGUCAGAAUAAUUUAGCUGCGUUGCAACAACAACAGCAACUUCAACAACAGUUGCAACAACAAGUACUGGCAUUGAGUAGCUCUCCGUUUGGUGAUUCGCCACUUUUUAGGAAUCUUACCAGUCGUACAAAGCCAGAAAAACCUUUGUCUUUGCCAUCACAGGCAAAGCCACGAGGAUCCAGUGCGCCAUCGCAAUACAAGGUAUCUCCAAGGCCUUCAGCGAGAAUAAAGCCGAGAGCAAUUGGGAAAUUGAAUUUUUCACAGGCUCGCUUAUUUGAUGGUCUGGAUGAUGAAAUCGAGUAUACAGGCGAAACAUUUGUACCCAGAAGAAGUGUUAAGAAACUUGUAUUGAAUAGUAAAUCACAGACUAGAAGCAUUGCCGGUGAAUUGUCUGAGUACACGCAGUCGAAAGAAAACGGUCGCAAUGCCGUGCAAGAAACACUCAACAACACGCAAACUGAACAUCUCAGAAAAAGUUUUAUUCCCCCAAAAAACGCGAAGAAUGCUACAAGUGGUGUAGAGAACUCGUCACGAAAUGAAGAGGAGGAAGAGAUUGAGGAACAGGGACCGGAACCAAGAGAGAAUGGUACCAGUUUUAAGGAAACACACAAUACAAAAGGAAGUGGUGUGAAACUUAAAAGGGCAGAAUACUACUGCAUUCCAUCUGUCGCUGAGUUGGACGAUAUGGUUGAUGAAAAUGGUGAUGUGAUGGUUGAGGAUUUCGUUGUUGGACGUGAGGAAUUUGGAAUGGUAAAAUUCUUUGGAAGGUUUAAUGUUGCUGGCUUUAAUUUAGAUGAAAUAGUGAGCUUUCGUCGACGUGAAAUUGAAGUUUAUCCUGACACCUAUCCUGAUAAGCCCCCAGUUGGAGAAGGUCUCAACAGGAAAUCUGAAGUGACAUUGUUAAAAGUUUGGCCAAAUGACAAGACUACGCGUUCGCCAAUAAAGAACGUAGACCGUCUCCGUAAAGUUGGAUGGCUUGAGAAAUUGGAAACAGCAACAGAACGACUUGGUGCAACUUUUGUUGAUUAUCAAAGCGAGACGGGGACAUGGAUAUUUACUGUCGAUCACUUCACGCGGUAUGGUCUAAAGGAAGUUCAAAUAGACGUAGAAAAUGGAAAUACGCGUCCUUCUUUGCGUUCAUUGCACGAGGAGAAAGCUGCUGAGAUGAUUGUAAAAAUGCAACAGGAAAAAGAUGCCAAAAUUAGGAAAACAUUGAAAGAAAAUAACAACAAUAUUUCAUUCCUUGAAGGUGAAGGCGACAGUCAAAUGAGUGACAUUAGUCAGGAGAUUUUUCCAGAAUUUCAAGAACCAUUAGACCAUGAUGUAAAUACCGCUUCACCGGCUUCACAUCACUUGGCAACUGCGAUGGGCGUGAAAUCACAUCGUAUGCAAGUGAUGAAAGCGUCAUUUUUUGGAGAAAGCAAAGAAACACGACAAUACAUCGACAACAAUCACAUAAAACAAGAUGAACUUACUCUUGGAAAUAAAUCCGUAAUGAAUGGGUCAGGUUUUGAUGAAAUAUCCGUUGGUGAACGUCUUGUUUACUCCUCUCCUCCUUUUCUUUCCUUUCCUCCUUUCACUCUACCCUCUCCUUCCUUUGAUUCUAUCCUCUCCUUCCUUUCACUCUACCCUUUCCUUCCUUUGAUUCUACCCUCUCCUCUCUUUACUAUACCCUCUCCUCCCUUUCACUCUACCCUAUCCUCCAUUUUAGAAUAUGAAAAUGAACGCAACAACAACUCACAAUGGUAUAGUCUUCCCCAACCCAUUUUGUUACCCAGUGCUAUUGGAAGUCCGUCUGAAAUGGCCUUAAAAGCAGCAGGUCUAAAAACUCAACCGGGGAUUGUACCACUUUCGAAUUCCAUCACCGCUGGCAAGCAUAAUUUGUUUGCUGACGCAGGUCUCACUAUGGGAAGAUCGUUUCGGGUAGGAUGGGGACCUGGAUGGACAUUGGUGUAUCCAUCUAGACUGGCAGAAGUCAGUUCAAACCCCAAAAACAAAUUUGCCAGCCGUGAGAUCGUCAAAGGUAGCCCUCUUAUAGCAACGUCUGCUAAAGCUACACAGUCCAGUUCGUUUGCUAUCAGUUGUGCUAAGGUCAACGUUAGUCCAACGAUAAAACACAACUCUGACGUAUGCCAGAAUCAGUUAAUCGAGCGACUUAAAGUAAGUCUUGCCAACAUUGUUCGUCAUGAAGAUGACUACUCAACCUACUUAAGUCCCAGUGAAGGUGUAUCAGCGCUUCAUCAAUAUGCUGACGUUGCUGAAAAAAGUAAAGAGUUAUUAGAUUCUACUAACCAUCAAGAAUCUGCCAUCAAUUUCUCUUUGGUGAUGGACUUAGCUAUUGCACUUUGGGGUAAUUUAUCUGCGUUGUCUAUUGAAUCAAUGGAUACAGAAUCUUCACUUCUGGAUGGAUAUGACGAAGCAAUUGCUCGAAAAGAAGCUCUCUCUCAUUGGUUGACCAAAACAUCAAAGAGAAAAAUCAAUGAGGAAAUUGAGAACAUCAAAAGCAAGGACAACAAUCAUCUUCGCAUCAUCUUCUCAUUAUUGACUGGAAAACAGAUCAGUGCUGCAUGUCGCGUGGCACAAUCCAAUGGCGACUCCAGGCUAUCGCUAUUAAUGGCUCAGGCAUCGGGAAAUAUUAUUGUAAGACAGUGGUUAUUAAAGCAGCUCGAUGAUUGGCUGGAACACAAGGUUGAUAAGUUCAUCACUUCGGAUAGAUUGAAGAUAUAUGCUUUAUUGUCUGGUGAAUUGGCGUGGCGUGAUAUCGAUGUUUGCCAAGAUUUGGACUGGAAGAGAGCGUUUGCCUUACACUUGUGGUAUCAACGUCCCUGUAGUGGGCUCAUAACCGAUGCCUUGAACGCUUACGAGAACUCAUACAAAGGCAGGACAAGUUCUGGCAUUUACGCUGUUGAACCGUGCCCAUCUUACAUUGAGAAAACUGAUAACACUGAGAAAGUUUAUGGAGAAGAGAAUGAGUUUGAAAAUCCACCUCGGGAUACUUGUUAUCAUCUUAUCAAACUAUAUUGUAAGCCAUCACAUAGACUUGAAAAAACUUUAGCUCCUGCAUCUUAUACAAGAUAUCAACUUGACGUUAGCCUCAGCUGGCACUUACAUCAAGUACUUCAAGCUAUUGGCUUUAAGCAUUUACCCGAAAUUCAUUCUGGUCAUCUCAAUACUAGUUACGCCGCUCAGCUAGAGGCAAUGGGUCUUUGGCAUUGGGCAAUAUUUGUUUUGAUGCAUAUUCAAGAUCCCCAAAGACGUCACGCUGCAGUCCACAACGUAUUGGUUCGUUAUUGUGUACUGGCUGGUGAUGCUGAUUAUUGCGAUAAAGAAGCAUUUUUACUAAAUGAUUUGGCUGUACCUCUUCCUUGGAUCCAUUUUGCAAAGGUUAUUCGAUCAAGAAUGAAAAAUCAACCGCAAGACGAAGCAUAUCAUCUUGUGAAGUCUGGUUGCUUUGAUCUUGCUCACGGUGUCAUAUUGAAUCGUUUGGCAUCUUUAGCUAUUAUUAAUGAGGAAUAUCAAUCAAUAAAGGAAUUGCUUGUUGAAAUUGCACCCCGCGAAAAUUCGUCUCAAGUGAACCACUGGAAUACCGGUGGUCAGAUUUAUCUGGAUUAUAUCAAGAUAUGGGAAGCAUUUAACGAUAUAAAGAAUGGUUUGCUUGUACCGAGUACAUAUAAACUCGAGAAAAUGCAAAUUGAAGUAUCUUCGCUUUGUCAUCGUAUAAAUCAGCUACCCUGUAAGACUGCCACUGAUAGAUUGUGUCAAUGUGAAAUGGGAACGAUGUGUGCCAACUUUCUCAAGAUAAUCGCUAAGGAAUUGGUGAUGCAAACAGAUGAAGGUGAGUCAUAUUAUGUACAGUCCAGUGUACUUGCACCUCAUAUCGAAAAAUUGCCACUUCCCGAGGAUUGUUGUCUCACUGAACUGCGAGAACUUACGAACAGUUACGUUGAUGAACUUGCUCGACUUUAAGACCUUCAACAUCGCAUGUGUUGUUGUCAACUAAUCACCUUGUCCAUGAAACCUCGGGCUACAAUGCCAUGACCAGAUCUGUAAUAAGUCAAUGACUUCGGUCAACUAACUGUAUUUAAGCAGAUUACGAUACCCAAAGGAGUAGACAUGAACAUAUAAAAGUGGAUUCAGUAUAUUUAGUAUCAUGAUUUCAUUCAAGAUUGUACUUAUGUCUUGGUGUGUAGAGUGUAUUACUUCCAAAAUAGUUUUUAAAAUACAUACGAAAUAAAAAAUUGUCAAUAUCAA